AUGGAUAUAUAUACAAAAUGCAUCAAGCCUCCAUCAGAUACAACAAUAGUGCUGAUUUAUGCUCUAGGUAGUUUGGGUGAUGCCAUAUCACUCUAUACACUUGCUGUUCAUCUUGCCCACCGCUCUCUCGACAAAAACUGCACUCAUGAUUUGAAGUGGUCAUCCUGCAAUCGGCACUUUGAUCCCCAUCUGUGCAUCUGUCACAGUGGUCAUGACUCUCGUUCUGAACCCACCACUGCAACUAGAUUGUCUGAUAAAAAACUUUUAAUAUGCUUCAUGACCAGUGAUAGCGUAUGCAACAACCUUUUGAUAUUGUGCGGCAGUCACACCUGUGUGCAACUCUUUCCAAUUUCAGAUCUUUGUCGUGGACUUUUACCAGAGGAAACUGACAUGUCUUUUGCCGCUCGCCAACACCAGCAUGAACGAUCAUCAAUGAUUCGCAUGGCUAAAAUAUUUCGUCCAAUCAACCCCAUAUCUACAGAUACGUCUACUCCUAUCAACGAGCCACUCUCACCCAUGUUUAUCCUUUUUAAUCUUUUUUCUAUUGGAGCGUGGUCCAUUGCAGAGGCUUUGGAUGUUCCGUGCAUAGGAAUCUCACCAUUUAAUCCAAAAACAACCGUCUCUACUCCAUCAAACUUUCUAGAGGAACUAUCGACUUGCAGACCAUUCCUAACACGCCAAAUAAUGCUUCAAUCCAUGAAUGAUAGAGUCCAAACUCACCCAAUCUUGAAUCAACACUUCAACUGCAGCAUCCAUAUUCAUCCAAUUAAAGUUGCAGAGCUUGAGUUUUGGAUGUGGCGAUUGUUUGUGGACGAUCAUGACGAUUUUCGACAAGAGUUGGGACUGGAUUAUCCUCCAUUUGCAAAACUUUGCGACAAACUGAAUGGAAAUCUAAAAACUAUGAUUCCUGCCACUCCAUUGCUUCUGUUGCAAAACGAUAUGCUUAGUUCAAAAGUAAAUUUACCAGCAAGUGUUAUAUCUACCGGAUUUAUUCAACCUUUAUCGCAAUGCUCAUUGGCUCUACAAGCGUGUCAGGGAUAUGCAGAUAUUUCGGAAUGGUGCAAAAAAACUUUAACCAAGGGAACACUGAUCAUCAACUUUGGCUCAAUGGAGAUGCACUCUAAAGAAUUUAAUGAUUAUGCUACAGUUCAACAUUUGAUCAAAUGUAUUGAAUAUGCUCUUCAGUCGUUAAAAUGUCGUGCCAUCUGGAUAUCUUGUACAGAAAACCAUCUUCUAAAUGCCUGUUUCCUUGAACGAUCCUCUAAAAGCAACUAUGAAUAUCCCAUAUAUAACUACAGCCAUGCACUACCUUUGGAAUGUAUCACUGAUCUUGUGCAGAAAUAUGGUGCGGAUAAUGGACCACACUAUUAUCCAAACACCACCAAUAAUAAAUCACAGAUUCCAGUAGCGGUACUCCAUCACGGCGGUGUGGGCACAUUUCAGCAUUGCUUGAGUUUGGGUCUUGUACAGUUAAUUAUGCCUCAGGGUUUUGACCAGCAUGAAUCAUUAUAUUGUGGCAUUCAAAAUUCGGUUGCACGUGGUGUAGAAGCUAGCAUGUCUGAAUUAGAGUGGAAAGCUGCAAUUCAUUGGGCACUCUUGAAAGAUCAGUCUUUGAUUGCCAAACAACUACAAAGCUUGAUGGAUUCUAAAGAGAAAAUGGGUGUCGAUGGAACAGUACAGUUGAUAUGGGAUUGGAUGUUUAGAUCUCAUGAUCUGCCAGAUUUUGCUUGUGACGAGGUUUCUAACCAAUAA